AUGGUUCAGCAAAGCGACGGCUUACAGCGGCAGGGGGCAGCAUAUGUCACGGUGCUGGGCCGUGAUGCUACGAUAGGCCAGGGCAUCUCGGGGCCUGUGCUCGAUAUGGGCGAAUUGGCAGACAUGGGACGGCGGCUGAUGAAGACUGGAGCGUGCGACUGGGCGCCCAAUGGCAAGAAUGAUGGCGGAAUUAGGCGGCCUCGAGGGUUUCCCGCUGUUCCGCAUCGCCCGCCCUUGCGCUGGGAUGGAGGGAGGAGACGCGCGCUGCAUGCACGAAUUACAAAACAUGAAGACCGCCACACCAUAUACUGUACUCAACAUGAACAGAUUACGGCACAACCUGCUGGAAGCAGAGCGCUAGGCGAAGUCGCCUCAGGCCACCACUGGCGCGAGUCGCUGGUGCCUGCUAGCGGCCCUGCCAAGGUCUGCGGCAUGUACCUGCGCGGACAAUUUGGCCUCCGUUCCCACCGCAGCUGCCAGGCCGGUACAAGGCCAGACCGCGAGGCUUGCGCAAGGCACCAACUUGGCGGCCGGCACUCAGUGCCGCAAGGUGGUGUGCAGAAGGUCCUGCCGACGACUAAAUCCGUUCCGCUCGGCAGUGUCAAAAUGGAACGAAUUUUUUUUCCCCCGAAACGAGCCAGAAGAGCCAGAAGCAACUCUGUCGACGCCACACGCGACACAUUACUCGCAUUGAUCAACCCGCACGAAUACUGUACAGGGCGAAACGAAAAACCAGAGUCAGACGCAGAGCCCCAGCAGCUUUGGUCCCUGGGUGGCCAAGCAGACCGGGUUUGUGCCACGCAGCUCGCCAUUAUCAGACUCGACGAGACCCUCACUUACUGGAUACUGUCCGUGUCCGGGCACUCAUACGAGAAUCUCGCUUGGUCACAGCGUUCGCCUCCCUCGACGAGGCAUUAUUCGAGCAAAACCCGGUCUCUUGACACAUCGAAACUGGCCCUGAGUCGCAGCGGGCUCCAUCUCGCAGAGUCGCAGCGCACGCACAGUGGACGGUCAGAGGCCCCGGUGGACCUGCGAUGGAACCUUCAGUGGGCUGCGUCAGUGGCUUCGGUGGGCCGCGGUGGGCCGUCUAGGGCAGGGGGCCCGCUAUUACGGCGUCCUCUCAGCGGGCUGGGAACCGCAAGCGUCCUAUCACAAUGA